CGCGCGGCGAGGUCAGGGGUCACGGCGGCGUAGACUGUGGCGGGAAACGGUGUUUGAAGCAGGAUGGACAGCAAGCGGCGGCCAGGCCCGGAGGCUGAGGUGCCCCCGAAGCGGGCCCGCAGGGGCCCAUGGGCUGAUGAAGAGAUGCAGCCAGCCUCCCCAGGGGAGGAUGAGCUGGCCUUGAUGGAGGAGCUGGAGCUGGAGCGCAGGCUGCAGGAGCAGGAGGAGGAGCUGCGGGCUGCCGUGGAGGGGCCUGUUGAUGGACCGUUCCCAGCCUCGCCCAUUGACCCCCGCUGGCGGCGGCCCGCCCCGUCCCCGCUGGACCCCCAGACCCAAGCCCUCAUCUUCCAGCAGCUGGAGAUCGACCACUACGUGGGCCCGGCACAGCCCCUGCCUUGGGGGCCCCCUCCAGCCAGCACUUCCGUGCCUGUGCUCCGUGCCUUCGGGGUCACCGAUGAGGGCGUCUCGGUCUGCUGCCACAUCCAUGGCUUCUCACCCUACUUCUACGUCCCCGCACCCUCCGGUUUUGGGCCUGAGCACCUGAGCGACUUCCAGCGGGAGCUGAACUUGGCCAUCAGCCGGGACCAGCGCGGGGGGAAGGAGCUGGCAGGACCCGCUGUGCUGGCCGUGGAGCUGUGCUCACGCGAGAGCAUGUUCGGGUACCAUGGGCAUGGCCCCUCCCCGUUCCUACGCAUCACGCUGGCACUGCCCCGCCUCAUGGCACCAGCCCGCCGCCUGCUGGAACAGGGUAUCCGUGUGGCAGGCCUGGGUACCCCCAGCUUCGCGCCCUAUGAAGCCAACGUGGACUUUGAGAUCCGGUUCAUGGUGGACACCGACAUCGUUGGCUGCAACUGGCUCGAGCUCCCAGCUGGGAGAUAUGUCCUGAGGCCCGAGGGCAAGGUCACAUUGUGCCAGUUGGAGGCUGACGUGCUGUGGUCGGACGUGGUCAGUCACCCGCCAGAGGGUCCUUGGCAGCGCAUCGCGCCACUGCGCGUGCUCAGCUUUGACAUUGAGUGUGCCGGCCGCAAAGGCAUCUUCCCCGAGCCCGAGCGGGACCCCGUGAUCCAGAUCUGCUCACUGGGCUUGCGUUGGGGCGAGCCGGAGCCCUUCCUGCGCCUGGCACUCACUCUGCGGCCCUGCGCCCCCAUCUUGGGUGCUCAGGUGCAGAGCUACGAGCAGGAAGAGGAGCUGCUCCAGGCCUGGUCCACGUUCAUCCGCGACAUGGACCCCGAUGUGAUCACCGGCUACAACAUUCAGAACUUUGACCUCCCGUACCUCAUCUCCCGGGCCCAGACUCUGAAGGUGCCAUCCUUCCCCUUCCUGGGCCGCGUCGCCAACCUCCGCUCCAACAUCCGGGACUCAUCCUUCCAGUCCAAGCAGACAGGUCGGCGGGACAGCAAGGUGGUCAGCAUGGUGGGCCGCGUGCAGAUGGACAUGCUGCAGGUGCUGCUGCGGGAGUACAAGCUGCGUUCAUACACGCUCAAUGCCGUGAGCUUCCACUUCCUGGGCGAGCAGAAGGAAGACGUGCAACACAGCAUCAUCACGGACCUGCAGAACGGCAACGACCAGACACGCCGCCGGCUGGCCGUCUACUGCCUCAAGGAUGCCCUGCUGCCCCUGCGGUUGCUCGAGCGGCUCAUGGUGCUGGUGAACAGCAUGGAGAUGGCGCGCGUCACAGGCGUGCCCCUCAGCUACCUGCUCAGCCGUGGCCAGCAGGUCAAGGUUGUGUCCCAGCUACUGCGGCAGGCCAGGCGCCAGGGGCUGCUGAUGCCCGUGGUGAAGACCGAAGGAGGCGAGGACUACACGGGGGCCACGGUCAUUGAGCCCCUCAAAGGGUACUACGAUGUCCCCAUCGCCACCUUGGACUUCUCCUCGCUGUACCCGUCCAUCAUGAUGGCCCACAACCUGUGCUACACCACCCUGCUGCGGCCCGGGGCCACCCAGAAGCUGGGCCUGGCUGCUGAUCAGUUCAUCAAGACGCCCACCGGGGACGAGUUUGUGAAGGCGUCAGUGCGGAAGGGGCUGUUGCCACAGAUCCUGGAGAACCUGCUCAGCGCCCGCAAGAGGGCCAAGGCAGAGCUGGCGCAGGAGACAGACCCCCUGCGGCGGCAGGUCCUGGAUGGGCGGCAGCUGGCGCUGAAGGUGAGCGCUAACUCCGUGUACGGCUUCACGGGCGCUCAGGUGGGCAAGCUGCCUUGCCUGGAGAUCUCACAGAGCGUCACAGGAUUUGGGCGCCAGAUGAUUGAGAAGACCAAGCAAUUGGUGGAGUCCAAGUACACGGUGGAGAAUGGCUACAGCACCAAUGCCAAGGUGGUGUAUGGCGACACCGACUCGGUCAUGUGUCGCUUCGGCGUCUCCUCCGUGGCCGAGGCGAUGGCGCUGGGGCGGGAGGCCGCCGACUGGGUCUCGGGACACUUCCCACCACCUAUCCGGCUGGAGUUUGAGAAGGUGUACUUCCCCUACCUGCUCAUCAGCAAGAAGCGCUACGCAGGCCUGCUCUUCUCGUCCAGCCCGGACACCCACGACCGCAUGGACUGCAAGGGGCUGGAGGCUGUGCGCAGGGACAACUGCCCCCUCGUGGCCAACCUCAUCACUGCCUCGCUGCGCCGCCUGCUCAUUGACCGGGACCCCGAGGGCGCCGUGGCCCACGCCAAGGACGUCAUCUCCGACCUUCUGUGCAACCGCAUCGACAUCUCGCAGCUGGUCAUCACCAAGGAGCUGACCCGCGCCGCGGCCGACUACGCUGGCAAGCAGGCCCACGUGGAGCUGGCCGAGAGGAUGAGGAAGCGUGACCCCGGGAGCGCACCCAGCCUGGGCGACCGCGUCCCUUACGUGAUCAUCGGCGCCGCCAAGGGCGUCGCCGCCUACAUGAAGUCGGAGGACCCACUGUUUGUGCUGGAGCACAGCCUGCCCAUCGACACGCAGUACUACCUGGAGCAGCAGCUCGCCAAGCCCCUGCUUCGCAUCUUCGAGCCCAUCCUGGGCGAGGGCCGCGCUGAGGCCGUACUGCUGCGAGGCGACCAUACUCGCUGCAAGACGGUGCUGACCGGCAAGGUGGGCGGCCUGCUGGCCUUCGCCAAGCGCCGCAGCUGCUGCAUCGGCUGCCGCACGGUGCUCAGCCACCAGGGAGCCGUGUGCGAGUUCUGUCAGUGCCGGGAGUCGGAGCUCUAUCAGAAGGAGGUGUCACACCUGAACGCCCUGGAGGAGCGCUUCUCCCGCCUCUGGACUCAGUGCCAGCGCUGCCAGGGCAGCCUGCACGAAGAUGUCAUUUGUACCAGCCGGGACUGCCCCAUCUUCUACAUGCGCAAGAAGGUGCGGAAAGACCUGGAGGACCAAGAGCAGCUGCUGCGUCGCUUCGGCCCCCCAGGCCCCGAGGCCUGGUGACCCUGCUGCACCCCACCCCCGGACAGCAAUAAAGUCUGCUCUUGGCUGCC